CAGGGAAGGCUCCGCUGGGGAGAGGCAGGAUGCAACCCACCCUGGCGCUGCUCUACUUCAUCUUCGGGGGGAUCCUGCCAGGCGCGACAUCCAGGAGGAAGCAGACGGAGCCCGGGCCAUGUGAGCUGCCCCGAUCGCAGGGAGAGCUAAACUCCUUCUUGUGGACCAUUCGCCGGGACCCCCCGGCCUACCUGUUUGGUACCAUCCACGUGCCCUAUACGCGGGUGUGGGACUUCAUCCCUGAGAACUCCAAGGCAGCGUUCCAGGCCAGCUCCAGCGUUUACUUCGAACUGGACCUCACUGAUCCCUACACCAUCUCAGGCCUGGCCAGCUGCCAGCUGCUGCCCCACGGCGAGAACCUGCAGGACGUGCUGCCCCGGGAACUCUACCGCCGCCUCAAGCGGCACCUGGAGUACGUCAAGCUGAUGCUGCCGCACUGGAUGACCCCAGACCAGCGGGGCAAGGGGCUGUAUGCCGACUACCUCUUCAACGCCAUUGCUGGCAACUGGGAGCGCAAGAGGCCCGUCUGGGUGAUGCUGAUGGUCAACUCCCUGACUGAGACGGACAUCCGCUCCCGAGGGGUGCCGGUACUAGACCUCUACCUGGCCCAGGAGGCUGAGCGGACGAAGAAGAGGACAGGAGCUGUGGAGAGGGUGGAAGAGCAGUGCCACCCACUGAAUGGGCUCAACUUCUCCCAGGUGCUGUUUGCUUUGAACCAAACCUUGCUACAACAUGAAAGUCUACGAGCAGGCAGCUUGCAGGCCCCAUACACUACUGAAGAUCUCAUCAAGCAUUAUAACUGUGGAGACCUGAAUGCUGUCAUAUUCAAUCAUGAUACUUCCCAGCUCCCUAACUUCAUCAACACAACGCUCCCUCCACAUGAGCAAGUGACGGCUCAGGAGAUAGACAGCUACUUCCGACAGGAGCUCAUUUACAAGAGGAAUGAGAGGAUGGGGAAAAGAGUGAUGGCCCUUUUAAAGCAGAACACAGACAAGAGCUUCUUCUUUGCCUUUGGAGCAGGUCACUUCCUGGGUAACAAUACUGUGAUUGAUGUGCUGAGACAAGCAGGCUUUGAAGUGGAGCAUACACCUGCUGGACAACCAAUUGGAAACUCAAGGACAAAGAACACAAGCCCUUCUUCGGGAGGGUCCUCAGGAACAGCUGCAUCUGCUGUCCAUAUUUUUGAGCCUGUACCAGUGUCUUCUCCCUCUUCGAUUCCUCUUCAGUCAGAUGAAGAAGACAGCCUUCCACCUCACCUCCUGCUACCAGAUAGCAUCAGCCAGCUGGAAGAGUUUGGCCGUCAGAAGAAAUGGCAUAAGAAGCAGCACAAACACCAUCGCCAAAGGCAGUUCAAUGAUCUGUGGGUUCGAAUAGAAGACAGCACGACCACGCUACCUUCCCACAUCAGGAUAACCAAUGGCUACAUCACAGUCAAUCCUCCCGUUUGGUUUUCAAACCAACUGGAUCAGAGACCACGUUCAGCUCUCCCGUUCCACCGUCAGCCAAAGAGCUCAGCUGCUGGCCGGGUAUUGGCGCCAUCCAUAACUGCUUCUUUCUAUGUGUCAAUAGUGUCUUUUGUCCUGAGUCUAUUGAGGCCUUCCUGACCAACCUAGGAUUACGUGCAAUACCUAAAAUGGAGAACAGAGAUAAUUUAUGAAUGAGUGUGUGGUUUUCUCCAUGACGGUUUCAACCUGGACCUUCUCACCAAGGAGAAAUCGUAGUGUCUCUAGCUGGUUUUGUCUCUUAGCCCAGAUAUAUUUUGAAACUCUAAAGCUUUAUUGUAACACUGACUUACAUCUUCUUUUUUGUAGAAGGAUCUUUAUUUCCCAUAGUGCUAUGGGGCUUUGUAAAAUAUAUGUGUUCAUAUAUAUAUAAAAAAAAAAAAAGUGUAUUUAUUCAACUGGUAAACUUAUUUUUCUUGGUAUUGGAUAUGUUAAUAACAUCCCCAUUAAA